AUGGCUGCCCCGCUGCCAGUGAGAGCGCUAACCGACGAGCAAAAGUACGAGCUUAUGGCGUCUAACCUCCACAAAGUGGGCUGCACGGUUAAGGUCUUGCUGGCCGAUCUGCACGCAUUCCUCGACGCGGAUAAGGCGCCUGAAGGUGUGCUGGAGUUCCGAGCGCAGUACUACGAACGCGUCAUCCGCGCACUCCUGAGAAGCGUCGGCGUUGAUCUCACCAACCUCGAGUUUGUCCGCGGCAGCUCCUACCAGCUCACUCCCGCCUUCUCGCGCGAUCUUCUGCGGCUGAGCAAGCGUGUCUCUAUCCACGAUGCAAUCAAAGCUAGCAGCGAGAUUGUCAAGUCCACGGGUGAGCCCGUCAUGGCCGACGGCAUGUACCCCAUGAUGCAACUCCUAGACGAAGAGUAUCUCGACGUGAACGCUGAAUUUGGCGGCCUCGACCAACGCAAGACCUUCGCCCUCGCUAAUGGCGCGAUGCCUAGACUGGGUUUGAAGGUGCGCGCGCACCUGAUGAACCCUAUGGUUCCUGGUCUGGCAGAAGCCAUCUGCAUGAAAAUUGCCAAAGCAUUCUGCCCACCUCGCGAAACCGAGGGCAACGGCAUUCUGGCUUUCAUUCAGCACGUUUUGUUCCCAUACUGGCAGGUACGGUCUGACGAUGGCACACCUGUGAUCAGCGUCAUGCUGAAGGAUGAGUCCGAGCCCACAACAUUCCAGUCCUUCACGGAUUUGGCUGCCGUUUACCAGGCUGAUUCCCUUACGCCGCAACUUGCCAAGAAAAUUGUUGAAGAAGGACCCGUGGCUCUAACUAGCUCUAUUCGGAGGGAAUUCGAAUCCGAUGCCGAGUGGCAGGCGGUCACUCGUGAAGCGUACCCUGAUCCUACACCGAAGACGAAAAAGAAGAAGAAUGAAGUUGUCGUGCUAGUCGUGUAGUAGAUGGCCCAAGACAUACUCUCUUCGAUGAAAAGUGCUGGAUAGGCGUUGGGUUACGGGGUCUAGGCUCGAUGUCUUAGUUGCGAAUGGAUUACGACUAAAAAAUGAUGAAUUAUAAAUUAUUAAAAUAGC